AUGGCAAGACUAACUGGUUGGAAAGAAAAACUUUUAAGUCAGGCAGGAAACGAGGUGCUAAUAAAAUCAGUCUUGCUGGCUAUGCCUACAUAUGCUAUGGCCUGCUGCAAGCUUCCAAAGGGGCUAUGUGUGGAAGUUUGUAAGGAGAUGGCUAAAUUCUGGUGGGAAGAUAAAGGACAGGAACGGAGAGUUCACUGGAUGGGUUGGUCAAAGUUGUCAGAGGUCAAAGGAAAGGGGGGCUUGGGCUUUAGAGAUUUGAUGGAUUUUAACAAUGCAAUGUUAGCUAAAAAAUUCUGGAGGAUAUUAACGAGGCCAAAUUUGAUGGUUAGUCGAAUAUUAAGAGGCAAAUACUUCAAAGGGGAAUCAAUAUGGAAAAUGAAAAUAAAGGCAAGUGAUUCCUGGAUGUGGAAGAGCAUUUUGUAUGCUAGGGAACUGCUGGAGAGUGGGGUAAGAAAAAGGGUUGUGGAUGGAACUACCAUAGAUAUUUGGAGGGAUAGAUGGCUCCUUAGAAGGGGAAAGGAAUGA